AAGCUGCUCAGGCUAUCUCUAGUUCCCAGCUCCCGAGCUCGGUACCAUGGGGAACACCGUGACCUGUUGCGUGUCCCCGGACGCCAGCCCGAAAGCGGGGCGGGACCGUGCAGUGACAGAGAGAGGGGAGCCCUACCAGGCGCAAGUUGAGCUGCAGGAAACCGACCCAGGACCUCAUUUACAGCACAUAAGCGACCGGGAGUUCCCUGUUGAUUUUCACGAUGAGCCUAACCCAUCCGACCAUCCACAAGCAAGCACAAUAUUCCUUAGCAAAUCCCAGACUGAUGUGAGAGAAAAGAGGAAGAGUAAUCACAUAAAUCAUGUAUCUCCUGGGCAGCUUACCAAGAAAUACAGCUCCUGCUCUACAAUAUUUCUAGAUGACAGCACAGUCAGUCAGCCUAAUCUCAGAAGCACAAUUAAAUGUGUUACCCUAGCAAUAUACUACCAUAUUAAAAACAGAGAUUCUGAUAGAUCCUUGGAAAUAUUUGAUGAAAAGUUGCAUCCGUUAACACGUGAAGAGGUAGCAGAUGAUUAUUGUAAGCAUGAUCCAGAUCAUAAGCACAUAUACCGAUUUGUGAGGACUCUCUUCAGUGCUGCACAACUAACAGCUGAGUGUGCAAUUGUUACUUUAGUUUACCUGGAAAGGCUUCUAACCUACGCAGAAAUUGACAUUUGCCCCAGUAACUGGAAACGAAUUGUUCUGGGAGCCAUCCUUCUAGCUUCCAAAGUUUGGGAUGAUCAAGCUGUGUGGAAUGUUGAUUACUGCCAGAUCUUGAAGGAUAUUACAGUUGAAGACAUGAAUGAGAUGGAGAGGCAUUUCCUGGAGCUGCUGCAGUUCAACAUCAAUGUUCCCGCUAGUGUGUAUGCCAAAUAUUAUUUUGACCUUCGCUCUCUAGCAGAUGAUAACAACCUUAGUUUUCUACUGGAACCCCUCAGCAAGGAAAGGGCACAGAAACUAGAGGCUAUCUCCAGACUGUGUGAGGAUAAAUACAAGGACCUAUCUAAGGCUGCCAUGAGGAGGUCAAUCAGUGCCGAUAACCUAGUGGGCAUUCGGCGUUCUAAUGCCAUCAUCUCCUGAGGCACUAUAAACAGGAUCCAGGCGCAGCUAAGAUCCAAAUGGUGUGCCGUGUGGAUAUUCAGAUACCACCAAUUUCCCACACACUCUUCUACACUCUAUCACAAGCCAGCUGUGAUGCUGUCUUCCAGCUAUGAGGGCUGUGGGAGGAAAAUGGCACCCAAUUUAAGGAAGCAUGAAUGCAGUAUGGCCUUCCUCAGGAUUAAGGAGCACAUAGUAUGGGAAUAUAAAGGAGGCUCUGUUUUAAUUUAAGCAGCACAGCCUACUUAUAAAAAUAUGUAACCACUGGUGCAUCAGCAGUGUGGGAAAACCAUUUCUUUCCACCACCCUCUACCACCUUCAUUUGUUUGCUUACUGUGUAGGCCUAUAGCUGUGAACUGAGACUUUUUAACACUAUGUAGUAUAACAUUUUAGAAACUUUAAAACACUAAUCGUGUAAGUAUAAUUACAGUUUAUUGCCUUCUCUUAUCCUUCCCCUUGUUUUUUUUUUUUAUUCCUGCAAGUGCUCCCAAGUGUUAACAUUGACCUUUUAGAGCAGUGCAUAGCCAUGUUGGAGCAAAAUUGGUUGCAUUAUAAGUAAUUAAGCAGAAACAAGUCCUCUUUGUCCAAGCCAGCUGAUUUGUUUUUAUAGAAGUUCUGGAGUAAUGAAAUAUUCUCUUGUAAUCACUACAGUGAGGGAUUUAACUGCCUCCAGUCCACUUUUUGAUGGCACAAGGUGUCUGUCCGUGACGGAAUGUGUUUUUUAUUUUCUAUUUUAAAUAUGACUGGGAACUGCCUGUAUCUCUGUCAUUAUUGGUGCUCCCAAUUAAAAUAUGCAUUUUAACACUUUAAUGCACUGUAUAUGAUUUGUAUUGCCCUGUUAUUUUGCUGAACAGUGUGUUCUGUGCACUACAUAGCAUGGGAAGCUGAGAUGGAUUCUUGUUUUGUUUGCAAAGUUUCUGCUCUAGAGGUCUAUAGUUAUAUUCUGGUUACUAGAGGUGGCAGAACUAUAGCAUAUGUUUUAUCUCUCCUAAUUCUCUGUGUAAAAUGUCUUUAUUUCUAGCUAUCUGUCUAACACUACAUUUUGGCUACAGCAAAAAGACAAAUUACUGUGAAAAAGGAACCUGAAAUUUUUGAAACACCCUGGACUAUUGACAUGAGUGUUCUAACAAUUUGAUUAAUGAAAUCCUAAUAACUCCGCUGCUGCUGCAGGUGUCAGAAAUGUGUCUUUUGGAGCAUUCACCAACUGGGUACAGUACUAGUCCUGCUGUAAGAGCAAUAGCAGGGGAGUGAUUUAGAGGAUUUGGAGCUCACAGUGAUUAUUAGCUUUAUGGCUGGGUGAGAAAACAUAUGGCCCCUCCCAGAUUUACUUAUGUGCAGCUUCCCUACAUGUGUGGGUGCCACAACUGCCAAGAUCCUUAAACAGGCAGAGGUGGUUCUAGAAUGCUGUGAUGUGUUUGUUCCAUGUCAGCUGGACCAGUUUAUAAAUAGUAACAUCAAAAAUGUCCUGCAGACAAGCAUCCUAUUCUAUGAUUAUAGGGCAGGGCUGAGAUUCCAAUUGUUUUUAUAUUAAAGGAUACUGUGUUCAUAAAA